AGCGGUAGUUCCGCCCCUGAUGAUGUCACUUCCUACCCCAGCAGUCCGCACGCGAGCGCUAGCCCGGCUGAGACACCUCUGUCUGUGGUGCUGAAACGAGGCUCCAUGCUGAUGGAUGAAGAGUGUGUGUCAGGUGCAGACCAGCCGGUGUUUAACAGCGUCUCAGAACAGCGUUCGGUGCUGCUGGUGUGUGAAGGUCAUGGCGAUCAGAUCCUGAGCGUUCUACGCGCGUUUCGUGAGAAAGGCAUGCUCUUUGACUUCCACAUUCAUGUUCAGGAUGAGAUCCUGCCGUGCCAUCGCUGUGUCCUCGCUGCCUGUAGUGACUUCUUCAAGGCCAUGUUCGAGGUAAACAUGCGAGAGAGUGAUGGUGGCUCUGUCACACUGAGUAAUCUCUCCCUGCAGGCUGUACGCAGUUUUCUGGACUUUGCGUACUUGGGCCAGAUGGAAAUCAUGGAGGAAAACGUUGAUAUGCUUUUCCAUCUAGCAUCUUUUCUACAGGUGAGUGUGCUCUCCCAGGCCUGCAGUGAUUUUUUAAUCCAGACGCUUGACCACUCUAACUGUCUUCACCUAUUGGCCAUUGCUGAGGGAUAUGGCUCGUCCUGCCUUCUGCACCAUGCUACUGAGUUUGUGAUAGCCAACUUCCAUGCACUUUCCUCUAGUCCAGACUUCCUGGAGAUGCCUGCAGGAAUUCUGCGGCACUGCCUAGUCUCAGAUUCACUCAAUGUGCCAGACGAAGAAUGUGCACUGCGAUCCCUGAUCCAGUGGACUCAACAUGACCUGCAGUUUCGGUGCAGUUUAUUUCCUGGGCUCCUCUCGCACAUCCGACUGCACCAUCUUGCCCCUGCCAAGCUGGAGGAAAUGGGCCGGUCUGAGGCACUGAUACUGAAGAGUGAUGAAUGUUACAGAGCAGUGAUGAAAGCAUUGGCACAAGUGACAGAGUUUAGUGGCCUUUUCCCUGACGCUCGUCCAUCCACAAUAUCCAGUUACAUCUAUGUGCACAAAACAGAGGAAAACGGUGAGACGCGUCACACAUUCUGCUAUGAUGUGGCAGCCAACCACUGGCACCAGCUGCCAAGCUCCGAGCUUGCUGACCUCCCUGGCUCAUCCAUUACCAGUUUUGGAGAGAAGCUGUUUGUCAUUGGAGGAUGCCGAGGCAAAUGUUGCAGGACGGUGAGACUUCACACUGCCGAGACAGAGCAUGAGGCUACGAGGGAAGCAUGGUGCUACUGUCCUAUCACAGGAAAAUUUGUAGAAAUCCAGGCCAUGCAAAGCCCACGAACCAUGCAUGUCUCUGUCUCUGCCCUGAAUCACAUUUAUGUCAUUGGUGGUAAAACUCUUGGAAUGCAUGGCCUCCGAGAUGUGGAGUGCUAUGACCCACUAGGGUAUACAUGGAAGUCUGUGAGUCCAUUACCACGCCGGAUCUACUUCCCAGAGGCGGCAGUGUGUGGCACUAUCAUCUACACUCUAGGCUCUGAGCUGGAGACCUCUGAUGCUUUCAACCCAUCACUGGACUGUUUUUUCCGCUACGAUGCUGAAGCUAAUCAGUGGUGCCAGCUGGUAACUGAGUUUGGCCAGUUCUUUCAUGCCACACUUGUUAAAGCUGUGUCUAUUAACAUGACACUCUACCUGUGUGAUCUGUCCACAUAUAAGGUGUACAGUUUCUGUCCAGAGACUCAUGUGUGGAAGAGUGAGGGCUCUUUUGAGUGUGCAGGCUUUAAUGCAGGUGCUGUAGGCGUGCAGGAAAAAAUCUACAUCUUGGGAGGGGAUUAUUCUCCUGACGAGAUCACAGAUGAGGUGCAGGUUUAUGACAGCAGGCAGAGCGAGUGGCAGGAGGUGGCGCCGAUGCCAUGUGCAUUAACUGAAUUUCACUGCCAGGUGAUCAGCUUUAACCACUACCGAGAUCCAUGGAGAUCUGAACCUGCUGAGAUACAAUAAACACACAAACACACAAUAAGUGAUGCAGUUGCUCAGACACUCAUGGUCUUACAGGCACUAAACAACAAUGUACAUUUAUGUUUGCAAACACAUUUUUCCACACAGACCUGUAUGUGCAGUCUCACACUUAGACUAAAAUAAUAAUAUAAAAUGCUGUAGCCUUUAGUGGAAGUGCUAGCCAGAGAGUAAAAUGCUUGCUUUAAGACUCCAAUAAUUGCAGCCCAUUUUUGUGUGUGUGUAGUUGAAAAUAAUUCUUCAAGUACAUGAUAUACAGGCUCAUGCUUCUGCCAUGACCCACAUAAAAAAAAUCCAAAAGGCAUUUGCAGCAGCAAUCGGGCUCAUUUUUUUCCAUUGAUGAGCUCCAUAUUUGCUGCAAAUGGCUGUCAGAUAUUUUUUAAUUAUUCACUCACUUUACCAUGCUUUUUAAUUUCAUUGGCUGGUAUUGUUCAAAAUGUUUGUCAACAAUGGAAUAUACAGUGCAUCUGGAAAGUAUUCACUGUGCUUCACUUUUCCCACAUUUUGUUAUGCUACAGCCUUAUUCCAAAAUGGAUUCAAUUCAUUAUUUUCCUCAAAACUCUACAAACAAUACCCCAUAAUGUCAACAUGAAAGAAGUUUGUUUGAAAUCUUUGCAAAUUUAUUAAAAAUAAAAAACAAAAAAAGCACAUGUACAUAAGUAUUCACACCCUUUGCUCAAUACUUUGUUGAAGCACCUUUGGCACCAAUCACAGCCUCAAGUCUUUUUGAGUGUGAUGCUACAAGCUUAGCACACCUAUUUUUGGGCAGUUUCUCCCAUUCUUCUUUGCAGGA